AAGCGAAAUCCUAGGGUUCCGUUCGAGGAAGAAUGGAAGCUGGCGAAGCACGCGGACACGACCGUCCCGGUGGAGAAGUACGAGGAAGCGGCGCUGCCUCCCACCGCGGCAGAGACAAAAGAGGAUUAUGGCUUCGAGGACGCAUAGCUGGGAUCUGUGAGGGAAAAGAGGAGACGGAGGCUGGGGAUUUUGUGUUUGAUUGUAGAGAGAAAGCGGCGAAGAAAGCCAUGAAGCAUCCGAACAGGCCAAAGAGGCCGCCAAGUGCCUUCUUCGAGUCCCGAAAGCAGUACAAGGAGAAGCAUCUGAGCAAAAGAUCUGUGUCUGUUGCCCGGCAAGGUUGGCAAAGAUAAAUGGAAAUCGCUGGCUGCCGAGGGAGCUAAGGCAUCCGAUGAGGAUGAAUCUAGCAAGCCGAGAUCUGAGGUGCACGAUGACGAGGAUGGAGAAUCGCCGUGGUUCGGUAAACAGAACUAUAACUCAGCGAACUUCAAAAUUCAAUUUUAUAUGCAAUUUUAAGUACAUUUUUUAAAAUC